CUUUUGUACUUUGUGAAUGUUCACAACGCAUGACUUCUUGGAUGGAGGUGGUAAAUUCGUUCUUUUCUCUUCUGUAUCUUAAUCAAAAAGAAAUUUAAAAAAAACCAGGAUUGAUGUUGCUGUCACAGCUUUAGCCACAUCAUACUGUGGACUUGCCUGAAAGGAGAAGAUUCUUUAAGCAAGUCGAAGAAAUCGCAUCUCGUGCGAACCCAAUGAUCACGCCACUUGUUUUGGUUUUUAUUGCAUUUGGAGUUCACCAGCGAGUGCAAGCUUGUGGCGGUGUAUACAAUGCUCCAUCCGGCUCCAUUACGUCUCCAUGGUACCCGAGUCAGUACCCGCCCAACCAGGACUGUGUUUACAUUAUCAAAGCAGCAACAGGAUAUCGCAUAACCCUGACAUUUCUCCAUUUUGCGCUCGCUGAUGACACGGAGAAUUGUGACCACGACUAUUUGCAGAUUAGAGAUGGCGGACUUGAUACGUCACCGUAUAUGGGUCACUACUGCAACACAACAAUGCAUCAACAACGAUCAUCGUCAAACACCAUGUGGAUGAAAUUCCAUUCUGAUUCUUCACGACCCGGGGCUGGUUUUCAGGCAAAAUAUGCCACAGAUGUAAUCCCUCAGAAGUUCUUGCUUUUCACUGCAUCUGAACCUCCGAACAUUUUCCGCCGGGAACUCGACAUAUUUAGCUGGAUUAGCAUCUCUACCCCUGGACUGCAAGACCCUGAUGCGAUUGACUACGACCAACAGGAGAGUCGCAUCUACUGGACUGACAGAGCAGAGAAGACGAUCAGAUCAGCGAGUAUUGAUGGCAGCGACGUUCGUCUUGAUCGCAAUUUGAGCUCCGCCUCUGUACCAGACGGUCUGUGUGUAGACGCACUGUCCAGGCUCAUCUUCUACACAGACGCAGGCAAUAAAGUCAUCGGCAUGAUCACCAUGUACAGCAACACUCAUCGAAUAGUCAUCAACUCCUCGCUUGACAUGCCGAAAGACAUUGAACUUGACAAACACAAUGGGGUAAUGUACUGGAGUGACCGUGGCGCCACACCUACCAUAGAGCGAGCCAACUAUGACGGUACAGGACGUCAGACUCUGGUCUCAGGGGGCGAGUAUCUCAACCAACCGAACGCCAUCGCUCUCGACACAGUCGUUGGCAGACUGUACUGGGCAGAUGGAGGCACGCAGAAGGUAGGCUGGGUGGAUUUGAAAGGCACAAGCACUUCGGUGAUUCUAACUGUAAAGGGUUCACUCUUCUACGACAUGGACAUCUAUCAGAACCAACUCUUCAUUUCAGACUGGCAUUACGGAUUUUCAAAUAAAAAUUGGUCAGUAAUUCAUCGCUAUGGAGCAAACGGUACAAAACAAGAUGAUGUUACUUGGUAUAGAGGACGAUUCAAUGGUGUACAUGUCUACGCAGAGGAAACAGAAGACAAAGGGCCAAACGGAUGUGGAAACAACGGUGGCUGUAGCUACAUCUGUAUACCCACUCCUGGCAACAGAAGUAAAUGUCUUACUGAUGGCACAGAGUCCACUACUGCAAGCAGCGAUGACACAACUACAGACAGUACACCGACAUCACGUGAUUUGGUCACAUCGAGCUCUACAGGAGUAAAAUCUGCCACCACCAAGUCUGUGAUCAUCAUUGUUGUCUGCGUUGUGGGUGGUGUUUUAGUAGUUACUGUCGUUGUCGUACUCGUCGUUGUGUUCAAGCUAAGACGUAAAAGCAAUUGCACACAUGAUGUGGCUUAUACACGAAGAGGGACCACGCCUGAUAUCCCACUGGAGCCACCGUCCGCCGUGUAUAGUUCGGCCUUUGAUGUUGUUGACAAUAUUUACUGCAUGGCUCGACCCGGUAAAAGUGGAGACAACUCUAAUGACGCAGGUGGGAGGAACUGUGUACAGCCCAAGACAUUCACAAAAAACAACCUCGUUCCUCAAAUCGUAAUGGACCAACAAGCGUUCACUGCCAAUGAAGUGUAUGUAGAUGCGGCAUCUGUAGAAGAGCCUUGUUAUGCAAAUUUUGGUUCUAUCCACGUUACAGAUGAGAGCAGCUGCCAACAACCUUUGACAUCCACCAAUGGGAAGCUACUUCCUUCCUUAGCAAAUAGGGAGCAAGCAACCGCACCUAGUGAUUGCUAUUCCAAUCUGGGCUAUGAAGAAGAAAAUGUUUAUGAAAAUUUUCAUUCCAUCACAAAACAGAGUGAGUGAGAGACGAACCACUUGCUGUUCAGCUUUCAGAUGAAGUUUCCAUAGCAGCGGACCUACUUUUUAUGUCAGAGGAAAUGAAUGACUAUUUUUGCUAGCGUUUAAAUAACUAUAAUCUUGUAAUGAUUCGAAGAAAGUUGAAUUUAUUUUUUUAUUUUACAAAAGCUUUACAUACUCUUUGAACUAACUUGUGAGCAAGAUAAGCAUUUAACCCAUUUCCCGCCUCACUUCCUUUUCUUGAUGUCUUGGCUGGAAGGAUUUUGGUUGGUUCUCUCCCACAGGUCUGUAGUGGAGAUCUCCUCUGGCCAUCUGAUGUCAUCUGAUGUUGAGGAUGUGACGCAGACAUCUGUUGACGAAUGUCUGUAUCUUGUUAGUGAUGGUGUUUAUCACUCGCCAUGUCUCAGAUCCAUACAGAAGGACUGACUUUACAUUUCUGAUAAAG